AUGUCCCUCCGCCACACCGCCACCAGCACCAGUGCAUCAAGCACACCGCGCGCGGCACCCUCAUCAAGAGCAGCAGGAACCCGCACAGGAGACAAUGAGGAAGGAGAUGAUGAAGAACCCGUCAUCGCCGGCCCCUUCGUCCUGCACCACGGGUCCUUUAUCCUCGAGUUUCUCCGACCAAAGCCGUCGAGGCAGGCUUCCGGCGAGCUCGGCACCACGACGACAUACUCACGAAUCGACACCAUCCACACACCUCAAACCACGCCUCCCGCUCGACCGCACCACAUUGCGCCCUACAUGCCUCACCAGAUCUGGCCGUCGCCGAGCGCAAAGGAAGACACGACGAUGCUGAUAUGGGCACACCCGAACCCCAAAGACAUGGACGACAAGAUGGACCGGCUCUUCUUCCAGACUCUGUUGCUGUACAGAAGACACAUCUCCGCCACGGCUCUGGUCGUCUUGCCGGGCCUAACCUUCCUCGGGCCCCUCCGGUGGUGGAUCCCUUGGCUGUUCCAGUGCCUGUGCGCCUACCUGGCUCUGUGGCUGGGCAAGAAACCCCUGCUGAAAAAGUACAUGUCGGUCGAGGACUGGGAGGACGAGGAUGUACAGGAGCGGAUCGGCAUGUGGAGGAAGAAGGAUCUUUGA